UUAGAUUUUAAAAUGGUUAUUAUUUGUUUUAACCAAAUUAGAGUAAAGUUUGAUGCUACAUGUUAACCAUUGCCGUCAACAAACUACAUUAUUACAUGUAUAAAAUAACAAAAAUAAUAAAAUAGCUUGUCACAUUAAGGAGUGCUAUCCUCCUAAGAAUGAAUUCUGUUUCUAUAAAAAGAGUAACCAAUGGACGUUUGGUUUCAUUCACCAACUCAUUUUCUAUAGAGACAGACCCUGCAAAUUAAAUUAAUGGCCACUAAAGUUUACAUUAUUUACCAUUCUGUGUAUGGACAUGUUGAGAAGCUAGCUGAAGAGAUUAUAAAGGGAGUUUCAUCUGUAGAAGGUGUAGAAGCAAAACUUUGGCAGGUACCUGAAAUAUUGUCUGAAGAGAUACUAAGGAAAAUGAAAGCACCUCCAAGGAGUGAAGUUCCGGACAUUUCACCAAAAGAGCUUGUGGAAGCUGAUGGUUUUUUGUUUGGUUUUCCAGCAAGAUAUGGAAUGAUGUCUGCUCAAUUCAAAGUGUUUUUUGAUGCAACUGGAAGUUUAUGGAACAAACAAGCACUUGCAGGAAAGCCUGCUGGCUUCUUUUUCUCCACUGCCUCUCAAGGAAGUGGCCAGGAGGAAACAGCGUUUACAUCAAUUACUCAGCUUGUUCACCAUGGAAUGCUUUAUGUACCCAUUGGUUACACAUUUGGUGGUGGAAUGUUUGAGAUAGAGAAGGUGAAGGGUGGAUCACCAUAUGGUUCAGGAACUUUUGGGGACCAUGAUGUAGGACAACCUAGUGACUUGGAAUUGGCUCAAGCUUUCCAUCAAGGGAAACACUUUGCUGGAAUUGCAAAGAAGCUCAAGGCUUCACAAUAAUUUUUAUCUUAAUUCACUGCAUAUUUUGUAUCCACUUAUCAUAUAGAUCAUAGUUUCAAUUAAAUAAGAUGUUUGUUACAUAAAGUGGUGAAAAAGUUAGAGAAUAAUUUAAUUUAUAGAGUGUUGUUGAAUUGGAUUAGUGUGUUAGUUAUUGUUUGAACAAGAAUUUGGUUACUGCUGUGAAUGAAAUUCAAUGAGUUCAAUUUUAGUGUGUUUAGAAA